AUGGCGGCUAGGAUUCUUCAUUGCUUUCUUGCUCAUUGUCUUAUUCUUCCCUCCUUCCUAAAGCCGAGCCUACAACGAAAGCGAUUGAAAGAGGCAUUUGCUGUUUUUUUUUCCAAAGAAAAAGAGACUUUUGCUGUUGGGAGGUUCUGUGGAGUGGGCAGAGUGGUUUCUGGUUACAGCACUUCUGCUGGUAUUGAGAACCCGAUCAAUCCUUCCAUCAAAGUGCACUGCACUCAGCUUUUGAUUAAUGGGAACUUUGUUGAUUCAGCAUCAGGUAAAACUUUUCCAAUAUAUGACCCCAGGACAGGGGAUGUGAUUGCUCAUGUUGCUGAAGGUGAUGCAGAAGAUAUUGAUCGAGCUGUUUGUGCUGCUCGUAAGGCAUUUGAUGAAGGACCUUGGCCAAAGAUGACUGCUUAUGAAAGAUCGAAGGUAUUGUUUCGCUUUGCUGAUCUCCUUGACAAGCAUAUCGAGGAACUUGCAACGCUUGAGACUUGGGAUAAUGGAAAAUCGUAUGAACAGUCUGCUAAGAUUGAACUACCAAUGAUCUCACGAAUAAUUCGGUACUAUUCUGGUUGGGCAGAUAAGAUUCAUGGUCUUACAAUUCCAGCUGAUGGUCCACACCUUGUGCAAACCAUACAUGAACCAAUUGGUGUUGCUGGUCAAAUUAUUCCGUGGAAUUUUCCUCUUCUCAUGUUUGCUUGGAAGGUUGGGCCUGCCCUAGCAUGUGGCUGUACAAUCGUUCUUAAGUCAGCAGAGCAGACACCUUUGUCAGCUCUUUAUGCUGCCAAGCUACUUCAUGAGGCUGGACUUCCUCCAGGUGUUCUAAAUGUGGUUUCAGGUUUUGGUCCAACUGCUGGUGCUACUCUUGCCAGUCACAUGGAUGUGGAUAAGCUUGCAUUCACUGGAUCUAGUGAAACUGGAAAAAUUGUCCUUGAGUUAGCUUCAAAAAGCAAUCUUAAGCCCGUAACAUUGGAGCUUGGAGGAAAGUCGCCUUUCAUCGUAUGCAAGGAUGCUGAUGUGGACAAAGCCGUUGAGCUGGCUCACUUUGCUUUGUUCUUUAAUCAGGGGCAAUGUUGCUCUGCCGGCUCUCGUACAUAUGUACACGAGGAUGUGCAUGAUGAGUUUAUAGAGAAGGCAAAGGCACGUGCACUGAAACGUAGCGUUGGUGAUCCAUUCAAGGCAGGAGUUGAACAGGUUCCCCAGAUUGGCUCGGAACAAUUUGAAAAGAUAUUGAGGUACAUAAGAUCAGGUAUCGAAAGUGGAGCAAUUCUUAUAACUGGAGGAGAUAGGCUAGGGAGCAAGGGCUUUUAUAUUCAGCCCACUGUUUUCGCUAACGUAAAGGAAGAUAUGUUGAUUGCACAGGAUGAGAUAUUUGGUCCAGUUCAAUCAAUCCUUAAAUUCAGGGACAUGGAUGAAGUUAUUCGGAGGGCAAAUAGUACGAGAUACGGACUGGCUGCUGGUGUAUUUACAAAUGACUUAGACACUGCUAACACCUUGAGCGGGGCAUUGAAAGUUGGAACCGUAUGGAUAAACUGCUAUGAUGUAUUUGACGCAGCCAUCCCAUUUGGUGGGUACAAGAUGAGUGGACAAGGAAGAGAAAAGGGUGUUAACUGUCUCAGCAAUUACUUGCAAGUCAAGGCUAUUGUGGCUCCUUUGAAGAACCCAGCUUGGAUAUAGAUCCCUUUCACUAGCUUUUAGUUUCUUUAGCUUUCUCUGGUCCAUUUAGUUAAGCAGGUAAUAAAACAAAAAACACACAGGGGAUUCUGGAUCUUUUGUGUUGUAUAAAAUAUAAACUCAACCCAUAAAAGGCAUGGAUUAUUUGUGAAACCACCAAAGAUGAUUCUAAUACUAAAUUUGUAAAGAAACCAACAUUGAACCCUCAUCUGCUUCGGUGUAAUAAGGAUUAGAAACAACACUACA